AUGACCUUCGACGAUGAUGAUGCCCCGCCCGAGCUCAUCCAGACAGCUCCCGAAGUCAACGAUGAAGCACACGAGGACUCGGAGGAGAAACGACCUAAGGUACCGCUUACUAUAGUAACGGGCUACCUCGGUUCUGGGAAGACUACGUUGCUCAAUUACAUCUUGACAGCUCAACAUGGAAAAAAAAUUGCCGUCGUUAUGAACGCUGUGGAUAUCGAGAAGUCCCUCACGGUCAGCAAGGACAACGAGCAGGUUGAAGAAUGGCUCGAAGUCGGCAAUGGCUGCUUAUGCUGCUCGGUCAAGGACACGGGUGUCAGUGCCAUCGAGUCCCUCAUGGAAAAGAAAGGGGCCUUUGACUACAUCUUACUCGAGACCACGGGACUCGCGGAUCCGGGAAACCUCGCGCCGUUGUUCUGGAUGGAUGAUGGUCUGGGCAGCACCAUUUACCUCGACGGGAUCGUGACGCUGGUCGAUGCGAAGAAUAUUCUUCGCGAACUCGAAGACCCAACGCACAAGACCACAAUCGACGAAAGCCCGCAUGACGACGAGCACGAGCACGGGCCAUUGAUGACGACAGCUCAUCUUCAAAUCUCUCACGCCGAUGUCAUCGUCAUAAACAAGUCAGAUCUAGUCAGUCCCGAGGAGCUGCAGGUCGUAAGAGAGAGAAUCGAGUCCAUCAACGGACUGGCCAAGAUCCACGUCACGCAGAAUAGCGAAGUCCCCCAGUUGGAGGGGUUUCUGCUGGACCUCCACGCCUACGACGAGCUAUCCGCUGUUGAAUUUACUCGCAAAGGGCACAGCCACCUGGAUCCAACAAUCUCGACGGUAUCGAUACCCGUCCCGGUCCUGUCGCCAAAUCAGGAGGAGAAGAUCGACAGGUGGUUGCGGAGCGUCCUGUGGGAUCAACGAGCGCCUGGUCAGGACACCUUGUUGGAGGUCCAUCGUUCAAAGGGCCGUUUGGUAUUUGAGGAUGGAAGUCAGAAGAUCGUUCAAGGUGUCCGGGAGAUUUUUGAGAUCAUCGACGCGCCUGUGUCACGGGAAGCAGGAGUUGUGCCGCAAUCAGUCCGGGGAAUGCCUGCUUAUGGAGGCCAGCAACAGCAGCCCGGACGCUCGGUGUCGAACCGGUUACCAAACGGGAAACAAGCAACCAGCGGUCCCGGAUGGGCAUUCGGCAACGGCAUGCCUAUGGGAGGUGUAAACCUACAAAACCCGACAAGGCAACUGGGGAGCAAUGUCAGUUUCGCACAAAGUCUGAGCGGGUCGCAACCUGCCACCCCUCUUGAUCCUUCUGAAUUCCCUUCCUUGUCAAACAACCCUCAGCUUGGCAAUACAAGCCAGGCAUCUAUGUGGGCGGCACCACCAGCUGUGACCCGAGGCCUCGGAGGUCCCAUACCGCGGAAUUCCUCAAGCCCGCUCUCUGCCCAGCCGGUAGCCCAAGAUGAUAUCUACACCUCUUCAGCCUCGUCCCGCGCGGGCGCUUUUAGGUACAGCAACCAAGGGAAUGUGGGCCAAACAACACAAGCACAAUCGGCGGACGACUUCCCUCCCCUCGGCCGCAAUACUAACGGUGAGAUCGGCGGAGAGCGUGGGGCCACAUUGAUGUCGUCUCUGGUGUUUGGUGCGCAAAAUGCGCAGUCAGCCGCGGCUUCUGGCCCGGCAGGAAGCAGCAGAGCGGCAGGAAAUGGCUUGCUCAACGCCCUCUCGGCAAACAACCGCUCCUCAGACGGCGCAUCCCCGUCUGGUUCCAACGCCCCUGGCUCCGACAGGUCACCUGAUGGCGAGAGAAAGACUAGCAUGGGCGCGGGCUUGCCGGCGCCUACUGCCGGUAACGAGGGCGCAUCGGCGACUCAAGAUCCGCGGCAUCUACAUGGUGCCAUUGGCCGAGAAACUGGCAAAGGGAAAGGACUGUCCACCAGUCAGGAACAUGACGUACAAGACCCGUUGGCUGGAAUGCCCCCGAUCGACAAGUUUGGCAUCAAGGGCUUGCGCACCAUGAUGAACAACUACCCUAGCUAUGCCGCCCUGAUCCAGGGAAUGGACCCUAGCGAGCUUGGGUUGAACCUGAACUCUCCAGAGCUCAUCUCGACACAAAUAUACUCUCUCUUCGACGACAUUGCUCCCCGACCGGCCGUGCCCAAUUUCCGGCUGCCGGACUGCUACCGGGUAAAUAACGUCCAGCCGAUAGAGACCAAGAUCCAAAGCUUCAACGAAGAGACUUUGUUCUGGAUCUUCUAUAGCUGUCCGCAGGACAUCAAGCAGCAACUCGCCGCCUUCGAAUUGCAUUCCCGGAACUGGCGGUGGCACAAGAAGCUACAUAUUUGGCUCACAAAAGACGAUCUGAUGACGCCGCAAACCAUCAGCCCAACGCAUGAGCAAGGUUACUACGUUAUCUGGGAUAUCCGUAACUGGCGGAAAGAGCGGAGAGAAUUGACUCUCCACUAUGAGGAUCUCGAGACUUCUCUCGGACGGCCACCCGCGGCAUAA